GUCUCCCAAGACGGAGCAGCAGCAGCAGCAGCAGCAGCAGCAGAGCGACUCCGACCAGCAGCAGCUUCUCUCUCCAGCUUCAUCUGAGGGGUGUCCACUCUGCAUUCACACUUCACAGUCCUGCCACAGAUCAUCCAGCCUGAACUAUCGCCACCAUGUCUGAUAAAGGCGUCGCCCCGACUCCCUCUCCUGCACCCCCUCCUCCCACUGGACCCCGUCCCAAGGUGACGAACCGCGGUCGCACCUCAACUCCCAUCGCCAGCUCCAACUCUGACACAAUGGACGUACCUGAGGUGGAGUACUUUGGCUUACCGGGCCCGAGAGGGUUUCCACCUCUGACUGAGUUUCUUGACAUCUGGAACGUGGACAUGAUGAGGAGGCCUGAUGAGAUCAACAAGAAGCAGCACCACACCAUGUUGUACAACUCGGACUAUCUCGUCAUCCGUCGAGGGCAAGAGUUCCAGAUCAAGAUCGUCUUCAAUCGUCCCUACAAACCUGCUGAAGACAAGUUCGCUGUGGAGUUUACCAUCGGCUCCAGCCCUCAGUACAGCAAGGGCACCUACAUUCCUGUCUUCCCCACCAAAGAGCGCCAGAGCUCCUGGGAAGGCCGCAUCACAAACACCUCCGACAACACGGUCACCAUGGGCAUCACUCCUGCGGCAAACUGCAUUGUGGGGAAGUACCACUUGUACAUCGCUGUGAUGACCCCCUUCGGCAUCCGUAGGACCAGACGGGACGAAAGCCGAAACCUCUAUAUCCUCUUCAAUCCCUGGGUGGCGGCUGAUGCUGUGUUUCUGGAUGAUGAGAAAGAGAGGCAGGAGUGUGUGAUGACUGAGAUGGGGAUCAUCUACCACGGUGCAUAUGACGACAUCGCUGAGAGAAACUGGAACUAUGGACAGUUUAACUAUGGAGUCCUGGAUGCCUGUCUGUACAUCAUGGACAGGUCUGAAAUGCCCAUCACCAACAGAGGAGACCCCAUCAAGGUGACCAGAAAGGCCUCUGCUAUGCUGAACUCUCGUGAUGAUGAAGGCGUGCUGGUGGGGAACUGGAGCGGCGACUACACCUACGGAGUGGCACCCACUUCCUGGACUGGCAGCACAGAAAUCCUGCUCAGCUACGCCACCGGCAAGAUGCCCGUCUGCUAUGCCCAGUGCUGGGUCUUCGCCGCUGUCUUCAACACCUUCCUGCGUUGUCUGGGCAUCCCAUCGAGGGUCGUCACCAACUACUACUCCGCUCAUGACAACGAUGGAAACCUGAAAACUGACAUCAUCCUGGAUGACAACGGCAGGAUCGACCGCAGUCGCACCAAAGACUCCAUCUGGAACUAUCACUGCUGGAAUGAGUGCUACAUGGCCAGACCAGACCUCCCAAUCGGCUUUGGAGGCUGGCAGGUUGUGGAUGCAACGCCCCAGGAGACCAGUGACGGCAUGUACAGAUGUGGCCCUGCAUCAGUCCGAGCCAUCAAACAUGGACAGAUAUGCUACCCAUUCGAUGCUGCCUUUGUGUUUGCUGAGGUCAACAGCGAUGUGGUGUUUUAUUCCCGGAGUAAAGAUGGAACCAUGGUGCCUGUCAAAGUCAACCAGACCCACGUAGGUCGCAUGGUUUUGACCAAAGCUUCAGGAGACAUGACCCGCCGCGACAUCACCGAUCAAUACAAGUUUCCUGAGGGUAGUAACGAGGAGCGGACCGUUCUGGAAAAGGCGGAGGAGUACGGCUGCGAACGAGAGAAGUCCAGCCCUGCUGAAGCUGACGUGGACCUGGUCCUGCCCACCCUGGAGGUCAACGUGGGCGACGACUUCGAGCUGAACCUGGAGUUCAUAAACAAGAGUGACCAGCGCCGUGUCGUGGACGCCUACAUCAGUGGGAGUGUGGUGUAUUACACUGGAGUCACCAGCUCCGAGUUCCUGUUCAGGGACCCCACAGUGACGGUUGGCCCCAAAAAAAGUGUGAAGGAGUUGGUGCUGGUUGAGGCAAAGAGCUACAUGAAGCAUCUGGUGGAGCAGGCCAACCUCCACUUCAUUGCCACUGGGAAGGUCAAGGAGACCGGCCAGAUCGUCACCACCAUGAAAGUCGUCACCCUGCGCAAUCCCAAAAUCACCGUCACGGUGUCCGAGGGGGCCAGAGUGAGUGAAGAGAUGAUGACGACUGUGGAGUUCACAAACCCCUUCAGCUUCGGCCUGGAGGACGUCUACAUUCGCAUGGAAGGACCCGGGAUCAUGCUGCCCAAGUUCAAGUAUUACAGUCUGAUCCCAGGCGGCUCCUCCCUGACCUGGACCGAGUUUUUCACCCCGCAGAGGGCUGGCAACACCAGGGUGAUCGUCACUCUGGACUGUCCUGCUCUCAGGCAGGUCCACGGCCAAGCGUCUGUCACCAUCGAGCCCUGAGCAUCUAUGCAGGAUCACGGACAGCAACGUCAUGCGGCUCACUUACACUUCAGCCCAAAUAUAGGCCUAUAACAUAGUUACGUAUCUGUAGGUUUAGUUAGAUCUAUAAAAAAAUGCUCUAAUUUCUAAAAGUGAAGGUUUAAAAAGAGGCUAAUCAACAAAUUUUUGCACCAUAUCAAACAUUUUGACAGCAAUUUGUCACUCAUUCAUUACUUCCUUUAUCAUAAGACCCUCAAUAUUUUACUCUAUACUGAGAAGUAAACCAUGAUUUUGGACUUGAAUUAAUCAGCGUCAUUUUGCUUUGCUUAACCUUCACAUCUAUAAAAUGCAAUGCACUGCAUUCUGAGACUGUUAGCAGAAAGUAGUGAACAUGCCAGACAGACAACACUGUUUUGUGGAAUUUUUGAGGGUCUAUGAAUUCAAAGAAAAUAAAAUAGCAGAGAGUAUAUGCAGGGCUCUUUAGGCUCAAUAUGGAGGGUUCUCUGACACAGCCUGUGGUUAUUUUAAAGCUGCCUUAAUCAAUUUUGACCACCAGGGGGCAGAAUUACUUCCAAAACAAGCUGGCAGACACAUAUUCCUGAUAUAUUAUCAAUAAGAGCUAUAAUGCUAGUAAAAUGUUGUUUUCUGCUUAUCUGACAUAUUUACCUCCAUUAUUCACUAACUCCUGAGGAAUAUAUCUGGGUCACUAUCUGUUAAGUGUUCUUAACUGUAUUCACCACUAGUUUACUGGAUUUAUUAGAGCUGUAUUUUCUGAAAAUGGCUUCCUGCAGCUGCUGGAAACACGGCUGGUGAGGACGGGGAGGCUGAUCAAAACAAACAACCACAAACAAUAAGCUAAACCGAGUUAAACAGCUCAGUAGAACUACAGCGCUGGGUGAUAAUUCUCAGUGGAUGUGAGAUUGGAGCAAUCCAUUUGAUUUUUGAUUCAAAAUACUGAUUAAUGCAGCUUCAUCUUAAUUUUUGAAACAUACUCCCACUAUGCAGCUACAGCCAUUAAACCAAAGUAUCAGUGUUUCUGCUCGAGAACUGUAAAGAGCUCUUUCUGCCUUUUUACGUCAACUUAUCAUAAUAAUGUUUCUUCACAUUUUUCUUUGUACAACAGCCAACACAAAUAUCAACCAAAUAAAAUAUUCCCUAUAC